CAAAAAAUAUUAACUGGAUAAAUCUGAUGAUAACGAUCACCAAGUUUCUAAUUUCUAAAACAUCAACUUCAAGAACUAAGACUACAACAUUUAUUCAACUUCUAAAACCUUCAUACGGGUCUUAAUUUAGUUCUUUUAAUGUAUUUCUGUCAAUUCAUAUAUUAAAAUUCUGUACCUUUUUUGAAAAAUGACCGGUUUAAUUUUAAAAAUUACAUUUUUAAUGGUGAUAUUCAAUUUUUGCGCUUCAAGUGAUCUUGCAGCGACUCUGUACGAGUUGCAAAAAACACCCGAUGAUAUGAAAAAUGACCGCAUGUCCGCUGAAGAGGAGGCUAAUCAGCCGACGACCGAUAAGCCGACAACAGUUCCGAAUCCACCGACUUCGACUGUGAAAGCAGUGACCGAGAAAGUUCUGGAAAAAGCCAAAAACUCGCAAAAGCAGAAAUCACGGAAAGAUAAACAGAAACUAAUAUUGGAAGAAACGAACACUUUGCCGAUCAACCCGAAGAUGCCAAUUAACAUUGGUGUGCGGCUGGUUUUGGAGAGUAUCAAGAGUAUAGACGUGGACGCAUUUAUGGACUUCUACAUGGAGGUCACGUGGUACGACCACCGAGAGAGGAACCUCACGGCUUUCAUGUCUGGCAAGGAUACCAACAAGUUCUGCUGGAUGCCAGACCUCUACUUCCUACUCGCCAGAUCGGUGAAUUUCAUUGAAAACACGCAGUACUUGGGGAUCAACAAAGGAGAGAUGUUGUAUGACAGAAAGAUCUCCAUCAAAACUCCUUGUGUUCCGGAUCCAUUCAGAUAUCCAUUCGACACAGUGACGUGUACGGUGUUGGUGUCCAGCUAUGGCUAUGACGAGGGGAGUGUGCGUCUGUUCUGGAAGGAUGGGGGGCUGGAGUUCCCAGAGACUUAUGACCAGUUGGAGUACAUUGGGUUCAAGUGGGCUGGGAAUCACGCCAUGUUCACUGGAUCAGAGAGUGUGCAGUAUGGUACAUACAACUACACCAUUCUGAUGGCCACCUUCCAGUUCCAGAGACUGUACUCCGUCUACCUGUAUCAGAUCAUCAUCCCAGCUGCCAUUCUGGUCAUCAUCAGCUGGACUGUCUUCUGGAUCAACAUCAACGUCACACCUGCCCGGGUCGGCAUCGGAGUCACUGCGAUCCUGUCUUUGCUGACCCUCUCGACUAACCGGAAGCACGAUGCCAACUCCAAGUACCUCACCAUCCGGACUAGUCUGCUGGACAUCUACAUCUGGUCUUGCUUCCUCUUCGUCAUCUUAGCUUACAUUGAGGUGAGUGCCUCGGACUACAUGAUAACCGGAAAGCCGAAGACGAUUGGACUGGGCCGAGAGAAUAAAGUGUCCGGCAAGUUGAUGACAGUGAAGAGUCGAAGCUGGGUGCCCCUCGGAUUCCUCAUGUUUAACGCUGCCUAUUGGUUCUACGCUUUCUCCGUAUGAAAAACACAAAUCGAGCCAUUAUUACCAGAAUUUUCAUGAUUGUCAUAUACUUAUUUUUUUUCAUUAUUUAUCAGAAAGUAAACUAUUAUGCAGUUGUCACGUGUUCUAACUAGUUUGAAUUU